GGGACAUGUGAAGACACACCACCACCACUAGUCUACAGUCAGCGUUUCCAUCAUGGCUUUCUGGCUGGCUUUCCUCCCCAUUGUCUUCGUGUACGGCUCUGUAGUGAUAACGUGGGUGCUCAGGAGGGUGUUUGGUCGUCGCCGCUACGUCACACAAGCCACACAAGCCAGUCAGGAAAGCCAGUAUCUAAACCCACGCUCUGAGGUUUCCGUUGGCGAGGGGACAAGCAGAAAACUGAGUAAAGAGUGACGAAGAGAAGAAGAAGAGGAAGGAAGGGAAAGAUGAAAGGAACAAGAAAUUUAGAAGACUGAAGGAAAGAUAGAAAAUAUAAACGUGAGAAACGAGAAGAAAAUUGAAGAGUUAAGUAGAAUAGAAGGUGACGAAGGAGAAGAAAGGGAAAGAGGUAAGGAGAGCAUUAAAUGAAGACAGAAAGAAAGGGAAGAGGGUAAAGGGAAUAACAAAACUAUGAAUAAAGAUUGAGGAAGAAAAAAAAGAAGAAAGGAUUAAGAGGAAGACUCAGUAAGGUUUAGAAUAGGUGAAAGGAAAUAAAAAAAGAACAUAAAUGGACUGUCAAAAAAAGAAAAGUGAAGGAAAAAGAGAAAGAAAUGAAGAAAAGUAAGAAAGUGAAGUGAAAUUUAAGUUAAAAAAAAAAAAGAAGGUAGAGAAGAAUAACCUGAAGAAAGGAGAGCAGGAAGAAGCUUUAUCUAUUAAAGAACAAGGUGAAAAAACACUGAUAACAACAAAAUCAGAGAUAUUAAGAAGUGAUUAUAUAAGUCUCUCUCUCUCUCUCUCUCUCUCUCUCUCUCUCUCAUCAUCAUCAUCAUCAUGCCUCAACCAAGAGAGAAUUCACUACUGGAAAGACUAAAUCUGACAGUUGAGCAGCUGGACUACGCCUUUAUCAGGGAGUGUGAGGACGCGAGAGUGUUGGAGAAAGUGUUGAGAGUGUUGCGGUCUGGCGAGGAGGGUCUCUAUCCCCAUCUAAUUGAGUAUGCUGAGGAGAGGCUGGGGCAGGUGAGGCCUGAGAGCCGCCUUCUUGUCCGCCCACAGCCGCCCAUGCGCCCACACGACCUGCCCCCCAGCGAGUUAGCGGCUCUCGAGGCUGACCUGGCGACAUGGGCGGCUGACCUGAAACGGGAGGAGGACCAGAGGAAGACAGGAAAGGAGGAGGAGGAAGAGGAAGAGGAGGAGGAGGAGGAUGUGAAGGAUAUUGAUGAGGAUGAUGAAGAGGAUGAAGAACACAUACUUUCUACUAAUAUCCCCUCUGACCUUCCUUCCCUAGACAACUUUAGCUCAAAAAUACGCUUCAGUAAGGUCAAAAAGUUACGUGAUGCUUUAACUACCAUCACAGGAGGUCACAAAUCACCAGGGUCACUGAUAACAGACAUAUCAGGUCAGGAGGAUCAAAAAGGCCAGCAGACUAACUUUAAGACAGUCCCCGGUAAAAAGACCCCGCUUAUUGAGGUCAUAGAAAACGAAGAUGAAGAGAACAAGGUCAGUGAUGAGAGGUCACGUGAUAUAAGGUCAUUUCAAGAAAACCAAGAACAAGGGAGAGUCAAUCAUGCGCCAGGAAAAUCAAUCACCAAGGUCACAAAUCAUUCGGAAGGUCAAAUAGGACCAGGAAACAAGGUCAGAAACGAAAGAUCACGUGAUAUAAGGUCAGGAAUCGUAAAGGAAAACCAAGAACCAGCAACGAUCACAUAUACAUCAGGAAGUUCAGUAAUCAAGGUCACAGGUCAUUCAAAAGGUCAUGUAGGAUCAGACAGGGCGGUGGAAGGGUUGCUGAGGGAAGCGGAGAGGCAGGAGGCGGAGGGUGAUGUACUGAGCGCUUCCUUGACUUAUAACAAGGUGCUCAGUGUGUCUCCUCAUAAUGCACAAGCUCGCAAUGCACUGGCCACCCUGCUGUGUGACUCCCCGGCGCCUGCUACUGAGAACUCUUCUGCUGGGUCGGUUCUUGUGCAGGAAAUGGUUGACUGAUUGAGUGAUGGAGCGACCGAUUGAGUGUUUGAUAGAAAGCACUGGAGGAUAGGGGUGCUGUGUCCUGAGAGAGAGAGAGAGAGAGAGAGAGAGAGAGAGAGAGAGAGAGAGAGAGGCAGGUCUGUAUUCUGAAACGCUUUGCUCUCUCACCAUCAUUGCUUCCUAAAGGCUCUUGUUAAAGAUAUUGAUGUUUUUAAGGGUAUUUUUAUGGUUCUCGUGAUGGAUUGGCAAGAUUUCUAGUUUAUAAGGAGAAACACUCUUAAAAACCCUGCUAUAGUUGUCUGUGUGACCUUGGAAAACUGUCGUGGUGAGAGCAUAGUGUUUCUGAAUAUGGCAGAGAGAGAGAGAGAGCUUAUCUUGUAUGUUAUCAUGUAUGUUUUUUAUUUGUUUGUCAUAUUCCUCGUAUUAAUUUUGUUUCACACGCCUCACUUUUGAUGAACAAUAGUAAUCUAUAACAGUAAUAAUAAUAAUAAUAAUAAUAAUAAUAGUAGUAAUAAUAAUAAUAAUAAUAAUAAUAAUGACAAUAAUGAUAAAGCAAAGAUGUUCACUAAACACCUAAUAGAUAAGUGAAACGUUCGCAUUGCUCGCUUCUCUCCUUGAAAACUAACUAAAAAAAUCACUCAUCACUUCAUAUAAAUAAAUGUUGCAAGUUUAUGUAAGUAAUAAUGGAAGUGGAAUUAAAGUGUUGAGUAUCUCGUUAUGUAAGUGAAGUGUUAUUACAGUGUAUUUUUACGUAGUGGAUAAAAUUUAACGAGUAGUAGUAGUAGUAGUAGUAGUAGUAGUAGUAGUAGUAGUAACAUGUAUUAUUGGGCAAAAUAUAGUUAAAAAAAAAAACACACACACACACACACACACUGACACAAAAAGCACAACUGUAACAAGGACAGCGUGAGGAACUAAAAUCCAUCCUGCAUAAACAACCAAUAAAACGAGAGCAGUGUCAUCUCUUCGUCUUGUUACUCAUUAAUGUAUUUCUCUUUCCUUAAUUUCACUGCGGCAAAGAGACACAAGCACUGAGCCAGACGCGAAAGUACUCAUGAAUAAUCACACAUACAGACAGACACACACACACACAACACUUGCAUGGAAAGUGAUAAUCCACUGAUAAAACAUUCUUAGCACUUUUACAAACACAAGGAAUCCCUAACUGGCAUCUCGCGGCGUUCUCAGUGACUAUAAUCCUUCAUCAUUUUACUAUUUUCUUACUGUAACGUCCAAUUCUCGAUAUUUCAACACUACAGGAGGACUUGCAUAUAAAUUUCUCGGUGUAUACGUAAGUCUCCUGUUGAAAUCAUCAGAAGGCCGGUUCUUUGCGUAUUUAUUUAGCAAGAAAGGGUAACUGGAAAUGUGAGCGUUGAGUUGCUAGUCAGAGCGUCCCUCACCACACGGCCUCCCAACACGACGCUUCUUCACCUCAGUAAUUCUUAUACAACGUCAGAGGAGGUUUGUGUGUCACUCUACCACCCAUUCAAACUUGCCAGAUCAUCGCUUUUUUUACAAUUACGCUACCCUGUUGUGGAAAUACAAACAGGAGGACCGUGUAGAGAGGACCCAACGCGCCUCGGAAGUGGGGAGAAGAGGACAAGCCGUCGUUUCAUGAGAAGAGGAAGGUGAAGCCCUAGACCAUGCUGCCAUGAAAGGAUUUGGUCGCGCCCUUGAGAUCAAUUGCCUCUUCCUCCUGGUGGUGGCGCUGCUGGUGGUGCUGCAGCUCAUCCUCCAGAGAAGCCAGAGUGAGCUGCUCCUGCAGCUCAAGGAGAGAGGUGGUGAUGGGGAAGCAGGGAAUGAAUAUAUUCAACAGAGCUCCUCUCCCUCCUCCCCCCACUCCUUCCCCAACCUAAACAUCCACGCAGCUGGCGGUGAGAAGAUGGUUAUUAGUGACAAUGGCGGCAGUGGAGGAAUAUUAGCAGCGCCUGUGGUACCCAAUAUCAGACGCUCCUUCCCCAAGAGAAAGGCGCCUUAUGUGAGGAAAGCAAAGAAUAAGAAAAGGAAGAAAAACCGAAAGAAAGAAGCAGCUUGGCCGAGGCGGUGCAGGGGCUGAAGGAACGUUUGUCAAGGGGGCAGGAGGCAUUGGGGUCAUUGACAAGACCCAGUCAAAGGUUAAUAAGAAAGGUAAAGCUAAAGUAAGUGAUAAGACAAAGACUAAAGUAUAAGGGUUGUCUAACUUCACGCAUGCAUUGUUGUAGGUUUGUGUGCAAUAUUAUAGAAAAUGAUGUAAGAAUUUGUUGUUUUUAUGGAAAUGUAAUGGUGGAAGAUUAAAUUUAUAAUACACAUCUAAUUCCAUAUAUUUUUUUAAGGUAAUGGAUGAUGAAUUGGCUAUUUAUAUAACAGACAUUUAUGACAAGAUAUGUUGUUAUGAAUUAUGGAUGUGCAGCUUUCCUAAUACAUUAUUUUCCUGGUGGUCAGAAUCUAUAUGCAUUGCACUUGAGGAGUGAUUUGACUUUUAAUUAAGGAAUGAAUCUUUCUUCUUUCACGUGACCGUAUACAUUUAUGUGGGAAGAAGGUUUUGUAUGACAAGUAAUGCAUUUCAUAUUUAUAUAAAUGGUCCAAAUAA